CAUGAUCCGCACAGAGCCAGGCUGACCAAUUCCAAUAUGGUGGCCAGCUUGGCAGGUCUAUGGUUCCUGUUGAAGAUAUUGUUGUUCUGCGGGAUCAGGUACGGCGCCUGCAGCCAAGAGGCUCCACUGGUGCUGGGGCUGCGACUGGAGAACCCGGCGGGCCUGGUGUGCAUGAAGGACCGCAUCAUCUCGGCGCCAGAAGGAGCCACGUUCAAGCUCCGUCUCUACGGGACUGAGCUGAAUGGAAGCUGGCCGUGGGUGGCGUUCGCUGGGGCAGCUGGCGGAGCGGCAGGGGCGGUUGGGGAUGCGCCUGACCCCUGCGGACAGGAGUCCAGCCAUGGGCAGUCUGCCUUCCAGGUGACGGGGGAGUUCACCCCGGAUGAGAAAUACAGCGGGCUCAUAACGGUGGAGGUCCGAAAAAGGAGCAUCUCUGCGGGGGUCGGCAGCGGGAAGUCCUACUACCACCUGUGCGUGCAGAGCGGGGGGAAAUGGGCUUCUUCGGGCCCGGACAGGCUGCGGAUCAACACCGACACCGGGCUGCCCGCAGACUACAUCCCGCCCUGGGGGCUGGCGGUGCUGGUGGUGUUGUUGCUGCUGGUGUGCGGACUGCUGAGGACAGUGAACCUCAGCCUGCUGUGGCUGGACCCCGUGGAGCUGUAUGUGCUCCACAGCUGCGGGUCCGAGGAGGAGAAGCGGGCCGCCAAGCGCCUGGAGCCCAUCAGGAGGAGAGGGAACUUCCUGGCAUGCUCUCUGCUCUUCCUGUCGGUCCUGGGCCACUCAGUCCUCGGGGUCCUCCUGUACCGGGCGCUGGGCUCCAUCCUCUCCGCCGUCUUCACCAGCGGCUUCCUCAUCUUCCUCCUGGCUGAGCUGGCUCCUCACAUCCUGUGCUCCGGGUACGGCUUCCAGCUGGCGCCGGGUCUCACCUGGCUGGCCCAGGUCUGUCUGGUGCUCACCUUCCCCCUGUCCUGCCCCCUGGGACUGAUCCUGGACCUGGCGCUGAGGAGGGACAUCACCACCUGUGGGAUCAGGGAGAGGGCCAUGGAGAUGAUCCGCACAAGUGUCAACGACCCUUACAGUGAGUUUGUGAAGGAGGAGUUCAGCCGCGGGAUGCUGCGCAGUAAGACGGUGGAGGACAUCCUGACCCCGCUGAAGGACUGCUUCAUGCUGCCCAGCUCCGUCAUCCUGGACUUCUCCACCAUGUCGGAGAUCAUGCAGAGCGGGUACAACAGGGUGCCCAUCUACGAGGAGGAGAGGUCCAACAUCGUGGAGAUCCUGUACGUGAAGGACUUGGCUCUGGUGGACCCGGACGACUGCACCCCCAUGACGACUAUCACCAAGUUUUACAAUCACCCACUGCACUACGUCUUCAACGACACAAAACUGGACGCCAUGCUGGAGGAAUUCAAGAAAGGUAACUCUCACAUGGCCAUCGUGCAGAAGGUAAACAACGAGGGGGAGGGGGAUCCUUUCUACGAGGUGCUGGGAUUGGUCACGCUGGAGGACGUCAUCGAGGAGAUCAUCAAAUCAGAGAUCCUGGAUGAAUCUGACGGCUACUUGGACAGGAAGGUGAAGCGGCCCCUCGCCCCGCUGGAGAUUUCUCUGGAGCCUCGAACCGUUCACGAGGAGUUUUCUCUCUUCAAGCCUCCUGAGGGAGAACCCAAGAUCCGAACAUCCCCACAGCUCCUGCUGGCCACACACCGCUUCUUGUCCAGAGAGGUGUCACACUUCAGCCCCGGACGUGUUUCUGAGAAGAUCUUGUUUCACCUGCUCCGUCACCCCAGUGUCAAUCAGGAAGUGCACUUUGACCCGACCAACCGUCUGAGCGCGGCUCACUACCUGUACACACGCAACCACCCGGUGGACUACUUCAUCCUGCUGCUGCAGGGUCGUGUGGAGGUGGAGAUCGGGAAAGAGGGCCUGAAGUUUGAGAACGGAGCGUUUACAUACUACGGCGUGUCUGCGCUCACGCUGCCAUCUUCAGUGCAUCAGUCUCCUGUGUCGACCCAGUGUCAGUCUCCCAGAGAUCCGUUCGAGUCAGCAGACGCCACCAGCCCGUCCAGUUAUUGUCCCGACUACACCGUCCGAGCUCUCACUGACCUGCAGCUCAUACGCGUGACACGUCUGCAGUAUCUGAACGCUCUCAUGGCGUCCCGGGUCGGUCAGAGUCCUGAUCCUCCAGAGAUCAAGAUCCUGCCCAACAGUCAGACCAAGCUGCUCAACGAGAAGAACACCACACAGCAAGGUGGCAGUAGCGCCCAGGAGAGCUCCACAGAAGAAGAGGCUCAUGGGUAAUGCGGUUCUGACCUGCCCCAACCCAGUAGAGAUUUUAGUUUGUUUUAUUAAUGACUCAUCUAUGGCUGGAACGUAGUUAUUGGACAAGACUGGAGUGAGAGUGAUUUUAUUUGUUUUGUAGAUCCACUGCUCACAUAUCUCAUUCCUUUUUUGUGAUUUUCAUUGCAAUAUUAUUUGAUGCUGUUUCAUACACUUUGAACUAUAUUUCUUCCAGGUUUGUACUAAACUCUGCAUUGCCAUGAUUCCUCACUUGUGACUGUCUGGGUGCCAAAGCUACGUGUGUGUGUGUGUGUGUGUGUGUGUGUGUGUGUUGUCUGUACCCGUGUGUGCAUCCGUCCGUUUGAGACAUUCAAAAGAAAUAACACAGGUUGGUUCAAAGCAGAUUUGCACAUUGAGGUUGUGCACUGUAGAUAGUCUUAAGCUAUUUUUCAAGCUGUAAGGUACGUCCACAUUUUUCUACCCUCACACAACAUUGCUGUCAGACACAAAGGUGUGUGUGUUCAGCUUCCAGUGAUUAGUUUAUCAUUUAAAUAUUCAUUAAGUCAAGUGAAGGGUAAAGGACUGUGGCCACGGAUGUAACCAAAGUAAAAAGAAGACUAAUAUUUUUUUAUCGAUGCUGAAAUUGAACAGAAACUAAAGGGCCUCCAGGUGAAGAUGUUGGUUGUAAAAAGAGCUGAAACAAUGAAUACAUUCUCAGAAAAGAAUCGGCAACUAUUUUAUUAAUCAACUAAUUGUCUUUGUCAUCAUAUGACAAUCAUAUCAUAUGCUGCUAUUCUUUGUCUUAUGUAUACAAGCUGAAUAUGUUGUGUUUUGAAAGACACAAGGCAUUGGAAGAUGUCACUUUGGUCUUAAAUUGGGCAGACAUUUCAUAGAUCGAACAAACUCGGCAAAAGCAAGAAAUCGUCCAACAUCAGUGUUUUCUUUGGUACAGUAUCCAAUGUCUGGGCAGCAUAUAGUUCCCACAUUAACAUUUGUUAACACUGGAUUCAUAUUGUGUUCAGUUGCAUGUGGUCAAACAUUAAACGUUUGCUUUUUAGGUGAAGGGAGGAUACAACGUUUUGUAGAAAGAUGUGAUUCGAUUAGUUUAUUUGAAAGAUUAUUAAUCAGCAAGUUAAUUUACAAGUAUUUCUUCAAGUAAGGUAUUGAUAAAAGUAUGCAGUUGGUAUCUGUACCAAAACUCAGGUAUUCAGAAUCAGAAUAUCUUUAUUCCUCGGGGAAAUGUACAUCGUUACAGCAAAGUGAAGAUAGAGAGAUAAGAUAAAGGGCAUGCACAAAAAAUAUAUAAGUAAAAGGUAAUUACAAAUUACAAUUUACAUACGUAGUAGAUUUUCCAAAUUACAUAUUGUACAACAGUGAUGUCGUUGUCUUCAACUGAUUGUAUCAGUUUGAAACAUUUUGAAUUGAAUUCCAAUCAGUAAAUUGAUUGACAUACAAUUAAACAAUAAUCUUAACGAUCAAAUUAAUAUCUUCGGCCAUUUUUUCUUACAUUCGGUGCUGUAGUGAGUUUUAGGAGCAGCAGGACAGUGUAUGUGGGAUUGAGGCAAAAAUAAACUACAAUGUGUGUUCAUGCUAAUGAUGAAACAUGUCCCUCGGUGUGGCAGUGUGGCCUAUUUGUGUGUUUUAAAUAGUUUUCGGACAACAAUGGAGCUCUAUGGCACAAAGAGGAAGAGUUAUCAGGCUUUGCAGGAGAUUAAAUUAAUCUCUCUAAAUCUUCUGUCUUUGUUAUCAUAUGUUUUGGUCACUUUACCAUUCCAGUACAUGUUCACAUCUGUUUGUUUUAUCCGUCUGUCUAUCAAUGUGUGUCUGUGUGUGUGAGUGACAUACAAUAUUUCACUAGUACACAUAAGCAAGCAAGCAUCCAGUCUUCACCUUACCCAUCCUGAUGAUUUGCCUAACAUGCAUGGUAAGCUUCUGUCAGUCAUUGUUGCAUGAGUGUAAACAUAAUUAUAGAAUAUGUCAGAAAUGGCUUCUAAAAAACCUAACCCUUUGUGUUUCCAGUUUGUACAUUCAUGUAUUUACCGUAAAGAGGAAUCUCUCUGUAGGCUGUAUUCAAAUGUGUGUUUUAAAGGAUAUUUUGAAUGCAGUACUCACAUGCAAACCUUGUUGAGGAAGUCUAUACUGGCCAUAAAGUGGCUCCUUUGUUCUGCAACAACACUGUAAAAAAAUUGGGGAAACAAUUAAUACUCACGGCAGAAAUACACUCAGAUGUGUGCUCAAAAAUACCCACUUUGUAUUUAAAUUUGUAUUGUUCGAACACGGUCGCACACGAAGGCGAUAAUUAUUUUUAAUUAAUGGAAAUGAGUGCAGUGGUAGAAUAAAUAAUCAGAUCCUUUACUUAAGUAACGUUCCACACUAUAGAAAUACUCGUAUACAAGUUAAAAUUCCUGAAAUUAAAAGUAUUCAUCAUGCAGUAAAAUGUUCAUAUUCAAGGUUUUAGUUCUAAAGAGGUUCUUUUGGAUCAAUAUCGGUGCUGCAUUAUGUGUAUGUUGCAUUGUAUUGCUUUAGAUUUUAAGGUUGUGCUCAUUUUAGUAUUAUUAUACUCGAAUAGAAUAUGCUCAACACACAUAUGAGCACUGUUAAAAUAAACUUCUGCCAUGUAAGCAUCAGCAGGGUUAUUUAGGAGUCGGCUCUGUUACAUUUCCACCAUUUCUGUUUAUUUUUUGUCCAUUUUAUUCAAUGUUUAUUUGAUUCAUUCAUUGUUAUCACCAUUGCCAUAUUCCAGGAGACAUCUUUGUGAUUCUGAGUAAAUAUUUUUCAGCCGUUUCCUUUUAUUUUGUUGUAAUAAGUUCAUGUGUAUGGUAUCAAGAGACUGAAUGUAAAAGGAUAAUCGUUACUUUGUACUGAUUGAGAGAUUUUUCUGGUUGAAGAAGUGUGUAUUAAUAUAUGACUGCUUAGAUAUAUUAUAAUUUGAGGAUGUAGUUUUUAGGUAAUCAGUUUUCAGGUACAAUAACACUGUUACUACAAGAGUUAUUGAGAGGUAUACAUUUAAAGCAAUUCCUCUUUCUGUAAAGAUUACAUUUGUAUAGAACUUUAUUUUAGUUUUUGGGAAUGCUGCCAGUUUGUUUUGGUGCAUCGAGACUCCAUUACAUUUAACACUUUCAAUAAUCAAGUUUCUUAGGAAAUAAACUCAAUCCUAUUCUAAAA